AUGAACUUAGUGGAUCUCGCCGGUAGUGAAAAUGCGGCUUCUGCUGGAACGCAAGGAUUGAGACAGAAGGAAGGAGCCAAUAUUAAUCGAUCUCUGCUGGCCCUUUCGAAAGUGGUUUCUAGUCUUGCUGAUAAUCAAAAGUUCGUCCCGUAUCGUGACUCCAAGCUCACUCGCAUUCUUAAGCCGUCAUUAGGUGGAAACUCCAAAACAGUCAUCAUUUGCUGUGUUGCUCCGUUCUCAGUAGCAGAGACAAGCUCAACUUUGAAGGUUUGCUGCUUGCUUGAAUUAUUGGCAUUACUGCAAUAUCGUGCAAUUCUUGUUUUCAACUUUUUGUCUUUAUUUUGCAGAUAUCUGCCAAAAUCUUCGUGUUCUAAAAUAGCGAUCUUUUAGGG